UAUUAACAGCUUCUUAAAGGACUUGGAGAGUCCAUUCUUACUCUAUCUAUAGCUAUAGUCCACGACUCUACUCUACAGAAAAAGCUGUGCGAAGUCUACGAACCGUCUCUCUCUCUCAGAAUAACCAGCUACACAUCUAACAAACUUCACUCAAAUCAAUCAAUCGAUCAUCAUGCCUCGCGGAGCAGACUACGACAACGGCAUCCCCCAGAGCGACAACGCCAUCGAGCAGGGUACCGACGCAGUACACGGACUCAGCCAAGGAAACGAAAACAUCACCCGCGCCAACAAGCCCGCCCCGUUCCCUGACGGUGACUUCGAGGACGGAUUACAUAGCGGACAAGGUAGCCGUGGUACCCCACCCUCUGGAAGCGGAAAGGGUGGUCAUGACCCUAAGACUCUGGGCGAGAGGAAGGGACUCGGUGCUCACAAGGCUGAUGGGCCUGAUCCUUGGAAGUGAUUUUGUUAUGCGAGGUUGUACUGUACUUGAGGCGUUUGCUUUUGUUUGACACUUGUGGUUCUGGGGGAUGGAAUAAUAUCAGUAAAUUAUGGAGAAGUGUUGUUGCCUUGGGCUUUGUGAUGAAAGCUAGAGGUUGUUUUGAUGAUAUGAAAUGAAUUACAGGUAAAAAUAUUUCGGUUCUGAUGAUUCUUUCUACCGAUUGAGCGUGCAGGGACAGAGCCCUGGUGGCCUUCAAGAGUAUUACUUGUAGGAUGCUUACUCACUGGAAAGGCACAGAGAAAAACAUAAUCAUAAUAAUACUA